AUGCGGUCGGUGACUUCAGAUCCAGCAAUGAAGUGUUGGGAAAACACCUCCUCGGACAAUGUCCGGAGCUGCAUGAAUACGGAAACGUCAGAAGUAUGUGAAUCCAGGAACGAGAUUUCAUCGCAGUCUGAUUUGCAGUGUGAAGACAUGAUGACGCUCUGUAAUGAACAAACAAGGGUGAUCAACCUAGAGCAAUGCCUUCUUUUCAAAGAUGGUUGGAGUGCAAAUGCCCUCGUCGAUUGUCCAAUUUGA